AUGGUUGGAUUCGCAAUGUUUGGAGCCCUUGGGCUAUUUCUCCCGAUUGCAUGCGCGCAAAAUUGCACCCCCCUAACACCAUCAGCGCAGAUUAAAAUAGCUGAUGGUUAUACGGCACAAGUAAUCAUGAACGGGCUGAAAUAUCCGCGCGGCCUUCUUUUCGACACGGCAGGGAAUCUCCUCAUCGACGGAGAUACGUGUGUAGCCCCGAGCAAGCAACUGAUACCCGAUGCUUCGCUGAACCACGGCAUUGCACUCUGCCAGGACGGGAAAACUAUCUUCGUGUCUAGCAUGGCGGAAGUUCACGCAUACUCAUACGAUGCCGAGGCGGGAACUGUCGGCACAAAGAAGAUUCUGAUACAAGGAAUGCGAAGCGGAGGCCACACUACUAGAACGCUGCUUGUUCCUACCGGUGCGCCAGACGUACUCAUAGUGUCGCAAGGGUCGGAUGGGAACAUCGAUAAUGCUACCACCGACAUCACGGCUGAAAGGAGCACGAUCAAGAUAUUCGAUAUUUCGGAGGUACUAGCCUCUGAAAAUGCGACGGACUACGCGUCGGAUGGCGAGGUCUUGGGUUGGGGGUUAAGGAACUUCGUUGGAGUCGGAGAGGACCCUUCUACCGGUGGCAUAUGGUCCGUCGAGAACUCGGCCGAGGAGAUACAUCGCAGCAACGUAGACCUGCAUAAUGAUAAUUCAGCUGAGGAGAUGAACUAUCAUGGUUAUCCGGCAUGGUUCUCUGCUUGGGGAACGGUUGAUAUCCCGUCCAACGCAGGAAUCAUCAUAGGUUCGCAGUUUGGUGGCAUGGCCGGGACUUCUUUCAAGCAGGUGACCUCAGGCAGCCCGGUGGAAGAAGUCGACGAAUUCUGCCGAACCGAACGGCAAGGGCUGCGCCUGGUCUUCCCAGCUCAUACGGCGCCCCCGGAUAUUAAGCUCGAGGAAGAUGGGAGUGCCGCGUAUAUAGCCUUCCAUGGUAGCUGGGACCGAAGCCCACCGGAUGGGUUUCGGUUAGGCAAGGUCAAAUUCGCGGAUGGUCAACCAGUGGCUAACGUUUCCGAUACGGCGGCCGUAGAGUAUGUCCUGGAGAACCAGGACACUACUAAGUGCCCAGGGGCUUGCUUCCGUCCCACUGGGCUUGUGUUCGACAAGAAAGGCCGUCUGUUUAUGACACGCGAUCAAUCAGGAGAACUCUUUGUUCUUGCUAUUUAG